AUGGUGGGUGUAGAGAUUGGAGGUCCCAUGGGGGCGCAAACUGACAGUCCCAUGGGGGCGCAAACUGACAGUCCCAUGGGGGCCCAAAUUGACAGUCCCAUGGGAGCCCCAAUUGACGGUCCUCCCGCAAUUGGGCAUGGGAGAGCUGUGCCGCUCGCGGAGCAGAUGGUGACCCCCCAACAGAAGGCACGCACAGAAGGCCGACUCCAAAACAGCGACGCCGUGUGCAACAUCCUGUCCUUCAUGCCCUUCUCCCAAAGGUGGAGCUGUAAAUUGCUAAGUAAGUCCUUCUACCAAGCCUUUCACACGAAGUAUGCAUGGGAUCACAUAGAUGUGCGUUUCCUAAAUGUAGAUAUUUUUAAAAUAAAUUUUCUUAAAACGUUCAACAAGCAUUUUGUGAAUACCUUCUCCUUAUUCCUAUCGAUUAAUGAGAACACACGUGCAGAGCCGAUCAUCAAUUUGGCUAUAAAAAAUUUUCCACGAUUGACAGAUCUACGUCUGUACUGUCGGAAAAAAAACAACAACUACAUAUUUGAGGGGGUCCAUCCGAUGGUCUCGAGUUUGCUAAGCGGGAAGAUGGCGGUGGUGCAGAAGGAAGGGCAUAGAGCAGGGAAGUGCCCGAAGGAGGGCGACGCCCCGAAUGAAAAACACGAGCAUGGGGAUGGCAGUGCCCCCAGAAUGACUUCUCCGCAGGAGCGCCGUGGUAACCGGUGCAGCCAGUCGCCGGUGGACCUCCCCGAUUGGGACUUGGAGCUGAGCGACCUUUUUUUGUACAGUCGGUACUACGGACAUGGGGAAGGAGAGCGUCAAAAUGGAAGGCAUGACAGCGGCGAUGACGGACGGCAUGACAGCGGCGGUGACGGAAGGCAUAACGGAGAGGAGGACGGCGGGCGGCAUGACAGCGGCGGUGACGGACGGCAUAACGGAGAGGACGAUGGUGAGGGGAGCGCCCUGGAGGAAGACGACCCCCUGGACAACAUUCACACAAUUGCGGCGCGCACGCACAUAUGGAAUGAGCAAAGGAUCCAUUUAGCGAACCAACUUGAGCACCUAGAACGGCUAGUGUUAGACGUCAAACUUAGAGGAGAUGAACUUCUCCCCUUCGUCGGAAAAAUGACGAACCUAAAGGAUAUAAUCCUGAGCAAACUCCUAUACACAGAUAAGCUAAACCGGGCUCAGUGCAUAACCAUAUUUACAUGCUUCGUUGAGAAGAUAAAAAAAAAUAGCAUUCGAGUGUUGCAACUUGGUUUGUUCUUUACUCGCGAAUAUAAACCGACUGAUUAUCUAGAGAAUGAACUAUUUCGAAAAAUUGUGAAGGACAGGACGGAAUUCACCUCUCACGCAGAUAAGGAGGAGGGAGACGAGCUUAUAUACGUCCUUCACAAGAACCACUUGCAUUCGCUCUACUGCCUCUGGAGCAACGAUCUCUUCAUCUCCUUCGACAUGUACGAGCGGAUUCGGACAUUCAGCAACCUGAAGAUAUGGAUCCUGCCCGGCUGGCGCGCGCUCUCCCUCGUGAAGCAGUGA